AUGACAUCACUCAUAACCCUCCGUAGGACAGUCCUCCUCCAUUUGCUAGGCCCUUUUGCCAUUCUACUCAAUCGAUUGGGAAACCGUCUCGCACGUCAGAAAAAAGUCAGUCCACAAAAAGACACCCGUCAGAAAUUCAAUGGAUUCCCUCUGCACUUUCUCCCACCGUCCGCUCUCAGAAGAGUUCUUAUCCAGUUUGAUUUGCUUGACAUACUGGAAAUCUCAUUGAUGUCCAAAAAAUUAAGAGCACUCAUCCAAGAAUGCUCGAUACCUGUACAUUCUCUUGGUUUCCGAUGGUAUCGAAUUAAAAUGUAUAGAUUCGGGGAGUGUGAUGAACAUUGUGAAAUUGGAUUCUAUAAGGAAAGAGAAGAGUAUUUUGUUAGUGAAACUAGACGAAAGAAGUUUGUUGAAUGGAAGAGAGAAACCGUCAAUACAAUUAAUUGCUCUCCAGUUGAUGAGAACGAUGGUCGAGUUGUGUUGUUCAACUAUCUGAAUGAACUAUUCGUAGUACAACAACUCCAUUACACUGUAGAUUGUUGGCCAACAUCUUUUAUUGACAACUACAUGUACAAACUGCCUCGCAGAAUUUAUUCUUUGACAAUCCCUGGAGAUGGAAAAAUCCAAAACGGCGCAGUGCAUAUUGAUGUAUAUCUGGAAACCUUUCAUAGUAUAGACUGUUUGAAAAUUACUAACGGAGAGUUUCGGCUGUCAAAAAAUAAGCGCCCCAUCAAAACACUUGUUUUCGAAUACGCUAUGGUACCCAUAUCUGAUGUAAACCAGUUUGAAUGCGACAGUUUAGAAAUUUCUAACAACAUUUUCCGAUCAACGGAUUAUUUGAACAAAUUGUUUUGGAACUGGAAGAACAAUAAGACUCGAUUGAGUUACUUACGCAUCAGCUUUGAAAGAGAUCAAUACAAUUUAAUUCGAAUUUUGGAAGGAAUCGAAUUAGAACCAUCUCGUUAUGCAGACUGUUUUGAAAUCAAAAGGGAUUGUGAUGGAUUGAUGGCUGUGAUCGGAUUUGGUAGAAGAUUCCUUGAAAUAAAACAUAAACAGAAUUGUAAAAUCGAAGAUCAGAAGACGAUUACAGCAAACAAAUUUCCGAUGUUCAAGUUGCCUUUGUUAGCUUUGAAAGAGGUUUUCAAUGAAAUGAAUCCGGCAGAAAUUCUGGAAAUAUCUCUGCUUUCUAAAAAAUCCAAAUCUUUCCUCAAAGCUUGUACUCCCAAAGCAAACCGAAUUGAACUCAACAAUAAUCAAAUUCUAAUAAGUGACCAAUCUGGAGAUAACAAACAGUUUGUACUUGAUUUCGACAACAAACGUCACGAAAGUACGAGCGUACGAGUGAUUAAGAACAGUGGAUUUGUUUCUUGGCUAACUUGCAAUAGGCCGGAAGACACCAUUAUCUAUUGUACACCAAUCAAUUCAGCGGACGUUUUGGUCGCUUUCGAAUAUUUUUUGGGACUCUACAAGUUUCAAACUGUCAGUUAUCGAGCUCGGGAUCCAACGUAUACUUACAACGAUGGUGUCUGGCAAGUUCCAAAAAUCAAUCUUUGGAAUCUUGCGUUAGGAACAAGUAGCAAUGAUUCAAAAUGGUUCCAAUCGAUCAAUGAUUUAGAGGUAGAAGUUCCGGUGAGAAAGUUGCCUGAGACGAUGUCACAUAUUCGAUCGAUUAGUCUAACACAGCCUCAAAAACUAUCAUUCAAUGAUUUGCUGAAGCUCAAUCACUCAUCGAUCUCCGUAUCGAACCAUGAAUUAACAGAAGGUCUAAUUAAAACAUGGAUCAAACAUUGGAAAGAAAACAACACGAAAAUUGAAACGCUGUCACUUUUGAAAAAACAAUGGCAUACUUACAAUUUGGAGUAUAUACUAUCAGGACUCAAUAAAAAACCUUGGGAGACAAAAAAUGAGAAAGAAAGGGAAGAGUAUCUGCAAUCGAGUAUGGGGGCGGUUUGGGAGAUACAGAGGAAUUCAGAUGGAGCGAAAGCGUCGGUUGGAAUUAGAGGAGGAUAUUUGGAGAUGAAAGUUUGGAAAGAUUAA